AUGAUCAGAUCUAUCGAGUGCUGGGAGCGCUCCCUGCCCGCCCGGCACCGCCUCUCCAGAGCCGAGACCGCCAUCGGGGCCGCUCGGAGGCCAAGGCCCGGCAGGGGGCGCUGCAGCCCCAAACGGCAGCGGCGCGGCGGAAGCGGCGCUUGGUUCUUCCGCAAGAUGGCGGCGCCCAAGCGCGGCGUGGCGGGGGGAAGGAUGAAGCGUCCGGCGGCUGCCCGCGCUCGCCGCGGCGGGAAGCUGGACAGGCUGCGGCAAUCGGUGCGGGAGUUCGUGCAGGCGGCCGGUGGCCAGCCGCCCGUGUCCCUGCUGAAAGACUCAGAAAGGCAGAACCACAAAAACCGUCGGGAAGCGAGGAAGGAGAAGCGCAGGCUCAAGCGGAGCCGACGCCGACGCCUCCAACGCGGGGAGACGGUGGAGGCCCCCUUCGCCGCCGCCAAACCGGGGCCGGCCAAGCCGGGAGCCUCAAAGCCAGGACCGACCAAGCCAGGGCAGACCAAGCCGGGGCCGACCAAGCCGGGGCCGACCAAGCCGGACGCCGCCCGCCUGAGAACCUCGACCGCUUCCACCGUCGGGAAGCAGCGGCCGGGGCCGCGGGGGCAGGAAGAGGCUUCGCGGGCACCAGGUCCGGCACCGACACCCCGGGCCGCCCCCCCAGCCAACUCGGGGAGAAAGCGGGCACUGCUGGAGGCCAACGAGGAGGAGGAGAAGGAGAUCCGGCGCCUGGAGCGGCAGCUGGGGAUCGGCAAACGCCGCAAGAAGCGUGAGGGGACCGCGGCGGAGAAGCUGCCUGAGAGCUUCCUGCGGGACGGGCUGGGAUACGUGCUGGGAGCCCUGGGAUCCCGGGCCGGCCUCAGUCAGCUGUGUGAGAGCAGCGAGGAGGAGGAGGAGGAGCCGGGGCCGCGGGAGGAACAGCCGGGGCCGGGGGAGAGGCGGCUGGAGCCGGAGGAGGAUGAGGAGGACGCUUCAGAUUUCUGCGGAGGGGAUGAUGUGGAAGGACAGUGGGAGAGCGAGAGCUCAUCCCCCGAGCACAGCGGAGAGGCUGAGGCCAGCGAGUCCCCAGCCGAGGAGGAGGAGAAGGAGGAGGAUCAUGAUCAGAGUGCUACAAAGUAUAUUCCCCCUCAAGUAAGGAAAGUGCAGGAUACACUAGAUGACAAGAAAAGAGAAGAAUUGAGAAGACUGAAGAAAAUGGUGAAUGGUCUCAUUAAUAGGCUGAGUGAGCCGAAUUUGGCCUCCAUUAGUGGACAGAUGGAGGAACUCUACAUGUCCAACAGCAGGAAGGACAUGAAUGAAACUCUGACAGAUGUUCUGAUGAGUGCUUGUGUUACUGCAGUUGCCAUGCCUGCAAAACUGAUGAUGGAGCACAUCCUUUUGGUCAGCAUUCUUCAUCAUAAUGUAGGAAUUGAGGUUGGUGCUCACUUUCUGGAAGCCGUGGUGAAAAAGUUUGAUGAAGUCAGUAAAAGUGAUGCCGAAGGGAAAGAAUGUGAAAAUCUGCUUGCCUUGAUUGCUCAUCUGUAUAAUUUUCACGUGGUCCAUUCCCUGCUGAUCUUUGAUAUUCUGAAAAAACUUGUUAGCACUUUCACUGAAAAAGAGAUUGAAUUGAUUUUGUUUCUUCUCAAAAACGUGGGAUUUUCCUUAAGAAAAGAUGAUGCAUUGGCUUUGAAGGAACUGAUCACUGAAGCUCAGAGGAAAGCAAACACAGCAGAGAAGAAAUUCCAUGAUCAGACGAGGGUUCGUUUUAUGCUGGAGACCAUGCUGGCUCUGAGGAAUAACGACAUGCGCAAGAUUCCUGGUUAUGAUCCUGAACCUGUCGAAAAACUCCGCAAGUUGCAAAGAACACUGGUGCACAGCAGUGGUUCUGGGAAGGACACCCAGCUCCGUGUCUCCCUGGAAUCUCUCCUCAGUGCUGAUCGGGUUGGUCGCUGGUGGAUUGUAGGGUCAUCCUGGAGUGGAGCACCUAUGAUCAGUGAUGCCAACAGCAAAACUCAGCAAAAACUGCAUAUAGGAAAGGUGAGUUCAAGGAUAAUGGAGCUUGCUCGUAAGCAGAGAAUGAACACUGAUAUCAGGAGAAGUAUUUUUUGUGUCUUGAUGAUGAGUGAAGACUUCAUGGAUGCCUUUGAAAAACUUCUCAAGCUUGGACUCAAAGAUCAGCAGGAGAGAGAAAUUGUUCAUGUUAUCCUUCACUGCUGCUUACAAGAGAAGACUUAUAACCCCUUCUAUGCAUUUUUGGCUGGCAAGUUUUGUGAGUGUGAAAGACGAUUUCAGAUGACAUUUCAGUUUAGUAUUUGGGACAAAAUCAAGGACUUAGAAAACCUAUCAGCCACUGCCAUCUCCAACUUGGUUUCAGUGUUGGCUCACUUAAUAAGGACAAAAUCAUUGCCACUUUCAGUUCUCAAGGUAAUUGAAUUCAGUGAACUAGAUAAACCCAAAGUCCGUUUCUUGCGACAAGUAUUAAGCACACUGUUAACCAAAAUAGAUGCUGAAGAAAUUAAUGACAUUUUUGUGAGGGUAUCUGACAACCCCAAACUGGGAUUGCUACGGGAAGGCUUGAAACUUUUCCUUAACCACUUCUUACUGAAGAACAUACAAUCCCAAAAAAGUGCUGAGGAAGCUAGCUUAUUAAAAGAAAAAGUUGAACUGGCAACCAAGGCUUUACAAGCAAAAGAAUCCAAAUUGAAGCUAUAAUUCUGUCUUUCAGACCCAAAUAAUUGACAAUGGGGAGAGCAUAUAAGGAUCCAUUUUUUGAAGUAAACAGUUACUUUGCUCUACACACUAGUUAGAGGUUAAUUGAAGGUGAUGCUGGGCCUUUCUGAAGAAAAGCAGAGUAUUUUUGUCUCAUCCCUUUUUAGUAGGGGUGAUUGGUGUUGGUGGUUGGUAUCUGCAGAACAUGUUGUUUUUAUUUUGUGAUACUCCCACUCAGCAGAGCGUUCUGCAUUGCCUAUUCUAACCUUUAAUUUAAAAUAAUUGCAGAAUACUGACCACUGUAUGUUCAAGAAACAGCCCAAACCAAGGGCUUUUAGUAACUAGAUGUUAUACUUGCCUGAAGAAACAGGCCACUAGGUGUCAUAAGUACUGGGGAGUCAGCUUUAAAAGAAAUCAACUUUUUUCUUAAAGUGUUGCAGUUUCUUACUAAUUCUGUGAAUUGUUUACCUGACUGUGGGUCAGGAAAAGAUCUUCAGUUGUAUUUAAAGCUGUAGUAAAACGGCCUGAAGAUCUGACUUUGCCCAAAUACAUUGGGUUUAGAAAUCAUCGAGCAUAGCUUUAUUGCUCUUUUAGCAGCUUUAAAAUUAGAGUUGCUUGAUCACUUGUGUUAAUCAGAUUUUUUUUUUAGACAUAAAGGAUAGUAUGAAUUUUUUAAUAAGAAAAUACC